AUGCGGCGACACCGGACAGCACAAAAUGGAGAAGCUGACAGUCUGCAGGAGCAGUUCAGAAAGGAGAGGAGGCAGCUGGAAAGGAUUUUUCAAUGCAAUGUCUCGGCAACAGGGCUAUCAGAGAGCAAUAAAGAUGGACUCUUUCCUCAACGGCAAGUCUUUGACCGCAGCAUCCACAACGCAAAAGUCGCCGGUAAAAACGUUUGGUGGAUUGCUGGAAAGUUGGCGCAAGCGCAAGACGACGAAAAGAUGGAAAGGCGCUACGCCGUCAAGAAGAAAAACGAAAGCGCGGGCGAGACUUUUGCAGUUGGGACGCGUGGACGAAAGCCGCUGUGUCGAGAGUGA